AUGGCAGUGCAGAGGUUAUUUGAGGUCGGCUCCCCCGGUCUAGAGGGGUUCCUUUAUGGCAACAUCACUGUGGUGCUGUGGAACACGUGGGGUCCCAUCAGCGAGAGCGUGGGGGCGGCUUUCCCUGGCUGGGGGUCGUCCACCGUGGCCAUGACAGCCAACUGGGGUAUGAUCAUGUUCGUCGUCUUCGUGGGCCCCAUGUGCUGGGCCACGCAGCGCUGUGGUCUGCGCAGCGGGGUGGUCAGCAGCGCCGUGCUCAUGGCCCUCGGGACUGCGCUGCGGUGCCUCACCAGAGCCAUGCCCUGGUUCACCAUCCUGGCCCAGCUGUGUGCCAUCCUGCUGGGCAUCGCGAGCACGCUGAUCCUGGCCGCGCCGCCGCUCAUCGCCGCCGACUGGUUCCCGCCGGGCGAGCGGACCACCGCCGUCGCGGUGAUGAUGGGCUGCAGCCAGCUGGGCUCCGUCGGCAGUUACCUGGAGCCGUUCAUCGUGCGGGUGCCGGGGCCAGGAGUCACCAUUGAGGACCUCCAGAGCGACAUCAUGAGGCUUCUUUACAUACACGCGGGCUUCUCGGGCGUGUUGCUGCUGGCCGUGGUUGUUUACUUCCCGUCCAAGCCCAAGAUUCCCCCCUCGGUGACCUCGUCUUGCGAGAGGCUCAACUUCGUCCCCGGCGUUCUGGCUUGCGUUAGGAACAAAAGUCUGCUUUUGAUCUUGGCCUCGUAUGCUGUGUCUGUGGGCCCCGCGCUGGCCUGGGUCUCGGUCCUCAACUACUCCCUGCUGCCGCUGGGCAUUCACCAGGACGAGGCCAUGUGGGUGGGCGUGGCGGCCGUCGUCUGCUCCAGCGUCAGCCCCGUCCUGGCCGGCCGCUUCAACGACCGCUUCCCCCGCCAGGUUAGGACGACCCUCAUCUGCCUCAUGCUGUUCGGGGCGUUCUCCUUCUACUGGUUCCUCCUCCUGUCCUAUGGCGUCGUGCCAGUGUCCAAAUGGCAAGUAUACGUAUCCGUGUCUGUCGGGAUGGCCUCCGGGAUGGCGUCAAUCCCGCUGUAUUACGAGCUGGGCGUGGACCUCUCGUACCCUGUGCCCGAGAUCCUGGUGUCGGGGCUGAUCACGGCGUCGGAUAAUAUUUCCAGUUCGCUCUUCCUCCUCAUUUUCCUGAUUCCCAACGUCGGUUACGAGUGGAUAACAUACACGCUGGUGCUCUCGUGUUCGCUACCUGUCCUCCUGAUGCUGCUGGUCAAGGUCGAACACAACAGAUCGGAUAUUGACCUUUCAGAGUGAAAUGUGUACAGAACGGAUUAAAAUGGUCGCUACUCCUGUCUUUUCUCAUUCUUAUCUCUCGUAUUUCUUUCGUAUUUUCGUAGUUCCCUUUCGCAAUCUCUGACGGUCCUGCAGGUGUGUAAGUAAGUGGAGGGGGCGAAGAUAUACAUACCUGUUUUUUUCCAGAUUGUAUCGGCUCUUUUCAGGUUCCUCUGUGCAUUUCACGUGUAACGAUAGACUGACCGGUAAACUGUAUCUAGAUCUGUGAUGAAUAAGGACUUCUGUAAGUACUUAGAUUCAUCUUCGUGUCCGAAUUUCUACGCUACAUGAAAACAAUUUAAGAAAGCAUGGUUUUGAAAUUUUAUGCACGUGGUGGUAUACUGCGAUCAUCUGUUUGUAAAAGCACACAUUUUUGUAGUGUAUAGAUGUAUAUAAUUUGAACUCUUAAAUUGGCGUUUCCAGUGUCCUUGGAUUUUAGAAAUUCCGUUGUAAAUAAACGUUAAAAUCA